AUCGUCACUCUUUUAAGAACACAUCCUAGUAUAUCGAACGUGCGAUAUUACUUCUUAGUCUCGGAUUAUUACCCAAUCGAUCAAUAUGGCGUAUUCUACCUCAGGAGACUGCGGAUUCUUCGUUGAAUCCGACGAACCCCGUCAACCCCGUAUUAGUAUGAAGGAUGCGGCAAAGAUGUUGGCCCGAAACAGACAAGAGAUGAUUGCCAACGAAUUGUCCCGUCUUGCCGGCGAUGAGUACUUGGAGGAUAUCAUGCAACACAUGAGACACAUGGAGGACGAGACGUUACCGGAUGCUAAUCUGAUCGAUAUGCAACGAGAGAUUCAGUGGUUCAUGAGGCCUUAUCUGAUUGACUUCUUGAUUGAGGCCCAUGCCGCUUUCGCGCUCCUCCCCGAGACCCUGUUUCUGACUGUCAACUUAUUGGACCGGUACUGCUCAAAGCGAGUCGUUUACAAGCAGCACUAUCAGCUCGUUGGGUGUGCAGCCCUUCUCAUUGCCGCCAAGUACGGGGACAAGAAGGACCGUGUGCCUCAGAUCAACGAACUGAACAACAUGUGCUGCGGUUUGUACGACUCAGGAAUGUUCACUCAGAUGGAGAUGCAUGUCCUCAACACUCUUGAGUGGACUAUCGGACACCCGACCGUCGACUUCUUCACUCAAUUGAUAGUUGCCGAAGAGUCCGAUGACCGAGAGGUUGAGCAUAUGGCAGCUUACCUUUGCGAGAUUGCCUUGUACCACCGAGACUUUGUUUCCACCAAGCCUUCUAUUAUGGCUCGCGCCUCCCUCGCCCUUGCACGUGCGAUAUUGGGACGACCGGAAGUCAACGAUGGUGAAUGGGAUCACUUGGAGAACGUUACGGUCCUCGCUCUAUCUCAACACCUACAUCAACCAUCGGUAACCUUGUCCCGAAAGUACUCCUCGCAACAUCUGUCUCGUGUGUCUGGAAAGCUCGGCGAAUUCCUUGCUCAGCAAGCCGCCAUCGCCCGACGAGCUCAAGGACCACCUUCGCCUCCGUCGGAAUCCUCCUUGUCGCAACACAGCAGCAUCUACAGUACUCCUCAGAAGGGCCAUGGCGCUGCCAUGGGUGUUGCUGAUGGAUAUCUGACGCCCCCUAUCACGCCUGACGGUGUCAACUUUGGUGUAGCGGACCCGAUGAACAAAUAUGUACCACCUCGAUGCCCAGUUACACCGACACCUCAGCCACCCAGCAUGACAGGAUAUCCUCAACAACAUACACAACAAUACCCCGCCUACUCCUCAUACGAAGACUAUAGCGGUCCAAUGGUCUCAUAAAGACCAUUACACCUGACCAAUACCUACGAAUCCGAAGACCUAACUCAUCAACCUUUUAUUUUAUGACCGACAACCUCUUAUUUCGAGACUAUCGCAUGGAUGUGUAUCAUUGGAAGAAAAAAAAAAGAUUGUUGCAUACUUGACGGUUUAGGCUCAUCUCCAUGGCAUUAUCAGCGAUUUUGA